AUGGGUAAAUGCUGCAAAUGCAAUGGGAGACUCCUGUGCAUGUGCUUGCUGCCCUGUAUGAUGACCGGCCACCUUGUGAUUUAUAUAAUGGUGUCCAUAUUCGUCACCAUGUCCUACACUCCUCCAAAAAUAACCAUCCACUAUAUUGCUCCGGGGAUUUCUGCAAAUUCUGGGGCUUUGGCUUCCCACCCCCUUAGCCCUUUCUGGAACCUCCGUCUGGAGGACAGUGCAUUGUGGAACCAGCUGCAGCACACUUGGGACCGUCAGCACAAUCCGAUACUGCGCGGAAAUGCAACUGGGGUAUUGAGGAAGCCAAAGGUAAAGCUUUUAUCACAAAUUGAGGAUGAAUGCCUUUCUGACUGCAUGUCGCACAUGUGUUCAGUCCCUCGUCUACAUGAUAUCAACAGCUUGCCAGAACAAAUGAGGGCAUUUAUCAGGUCAAUGCACUGUAGGGAAUAUCCCCUCCUUAUCAAUCAGCCUGAUAUGUGUAGAAGGAAGAACAUUAGCUUUGGUCUUGAAUCUCCUAUGCUCCUCAUGGCCAUCAAAUCUCAAGUGGGAAACUUUGAAAACAGGCAGGCUAUCCGUGAAACAUGGGGACGCAGUGGUCUGGUGAAGGGUGGUUCAAAUAAGAAAGGUGGAUUAGUGCGCACAGUUUUUCUGCUUGGCAGGCAGGACUCAAGUACAGGUCCUCAUCCAGACCUCAAAAACCUCCUGGAGCUUGAGAACCAGAAAUACAGGGACAUCCUACAGUGGGAUUUCAGAGACAGUUUCUUUAACCUGACCCUGAAGGACUUGCUGUUCUGGCAUUGGCUCCAGCAAUACUGCCCCACUGCCAUCUUUGUAUUCAAAGGGGAUGAUGAUGUCUUUGUUCGAACAGGCGCCCUUCUGGAUUACCUGCACAAGCAGUUGAUGGAGCAUAACCAGUGGAGAGCCUAUACAAAUGAAACUAACAUGGAUUUGUUUGUGGGGGAUGUCAUCAAUAACGCAAUGCCAAACCGUGAGCCAUCAACCAAAUACUACAUACCAGAAAGUUUCUACAAAGGUGCAUACCCACCAUAUGCUGGUGGAGGAGGGGUGGUGUAUUCUGGUUCACUUGCAUUGCGAUUGAAAGAGGUGUCUAACAGGGUGCGCCUUUUCCCCAUAGACGACGUGUAUCUGGGCAUGUGCCUGAACAGACUUGGGCUCUCUCCAAGCCACAAUCCCGGGUUUUUAACAUUUGAUCUUCCAGUGACAGACCGGGGGAAUCCCUGUGCUUACAAAUCUGUUCUGCUCGUUCACAAACGGAGUCCCAAGGAGAUGUUGACACUGUGGAAGCAGCUCCAGAAUCUGCCUGGUCAAUGUUGA